AUGCCGGAGUACAAGCUCACAUAUUUCAACAUGAUGGGAAGAGCAGAGCCAGCAAGGUUGAUUUUCGCCUACGCUGGUGUUGCGUUCGUCGAUGAACGGAUUGAACGUCGCGAUUGGCCUAACAUGAAGCCUAGUUAGAACUGUUUCCUGUUUCGAGAUCAUUUCAGCUUUCAGACAUGCCGCAUGGGCAGCUGCCGGUUCUUCACGUGGAUGGGAAACGACUGGCGCAGAGUCGAACUAUAGAGCGUUAUCUGGCAAAAGUAUUCGGUAAAAUUUAUGCGCAUCUACUUAGCUCUACAAGGAAAUGAUAUUGGGUGGGAGCACAAAAAAACAUUCUUCAUCAGGUCUCGACGGCCAAGAUGAAUGGGAAACGGCGAAAAUGGAUGAGCUCGUGUCGGCCGUCGAAGAUCUUCUCAACCACAUUAAUCCUUGGUUCAAAGAGCAAGAUAACGCCAAAAAGGUCAUUUUUCUCCAUACAAGACAUUCAAAAAACUGCCAGUUUGAGGUCGAGAUAUUCAAGGCGCUCUGUGACUCGGAAAUAUUGCCAUUCAUCGCGCGAUUCGAAGCACUUCUUCUUGAGAACAAAACUGGUUAUUUCGUGGGAGACACGGUUUUUUUAUAUUCAGAGUUUAACAACUAUAAGCAGUUUUUUCAGCUUUCCUAUGCCGAUCUGGCCAUCUUCCACAUCUUCUGGUUCCUCAACACCAAAAUACUGCCGGGAUCUUUGAGAAAAUAUCCGAAAUUGCACGAAUUCGUAGAGAGGACGGCGGCUAUACCACGUAUCAAGCAAUGGAUGGCCAAACGCCCAAGAACGGAAGCCUAA